GUCCCUUACUGGUAGAACCAGUGCUGUUGGGGUUGGCUGCAGGUGACAUUACUGGGACAAGGGAUACUACACCCUAAUGAUGGUGACAGUGUUUACAAUCCGGAGAUAUUAUACAUUCCAUUUUGCAAAGAAAAUACAUCAAAUUGCUUGUGGCCUCAGCAAGUAAUUACCAGACUGCUGAUUUACUAAGAAUACCAAGCACAGAAAAACCUUGGAUGUGGUGAAGUGGUGCCCAGACUGGAGGGAUGAUGCCAGGCAGGGUUAUGCCCACGCUGGGAAAGUGGCUGUUCCUUCUGUGUCUAGGAGGGUUUGCAGAAGUGGACAGCCGACCCACGGAUUCUAAACAUGCGGAAUUUGGCCUCCUGUACACUGGACGUGUGAACAGAAAUGUGGAAGAACUCUAUACCUAUAAUUACACUAGCAAACUGGGGAAGGUGGAUGCUCUCCAUGUCUUUGUGAAUUCUGAUGCCGAUAACCUACAGUUUCCUGUUUUAUUUGUGGUUCGACAGCAGAAAGGAGUCCUGUCCUGGCAAGUCCCACUCUUAUUCCGAGGCUACAGCAAUAAAAGGACCUACACAUACCAUGAAGUGAGCCGCACACUCUGUCCCAAGGAAUCUGAGGGGGAAAUUGAGAAGUUUAUCUACAUAGAAGUGGCUUCCAUGGCGCCGUAUGACGUGGUAUAUCAGCUGAUGGUGACACGACUCCAUAACUUCGAGCUGGAGACUGGCGUGAUGUUCAAUUUCAGCGCCUCUCCGUCUCAGCCUCAGUAUUUUCUCUAUAGGUUGCCUGAGAAUGUGGAUUCAGUCAUCAUUAAGGUGCAGUCCCCAGAAGCCUUUCCCUGCUCUGUGGUGUCUGUUCAGGAUGUUGCGUGUCCUGUCUAUGACAUGGAUUAUAAUGUAGAAUUUAAUGGGAUCUACCAGACGAUGACAAAGAAAGCUGCGAUAACUGUACGGAGGAAAGAUUUCCCUUCAGGACAGUUCUAUGUGGUGUUUGUCAUCAAACCAGAAGAUUAUGCCUGUGGUGGUUCUGUGCCUAUAGCCACAAUAGGAAAAGGAAAUCAUACGUGGAACCUGAAACGCAUUAAGGACAUUCAAGUGAUAAUCAGCCCCUCCAUUAAAGACUCGGUCUACAUCCAAGCCACCCUACUGAGUCUCCUCUUCUUCCUCAUCUUUUACCUGGGUUCCCUGUUGGUCGCGUUUGUGCAUUACGUCAGAAUUCAGAGAAAGGGAUUGGAUCUACAAGACAGCCCAAGUGAUGGUGAAGGUACAGUGUCUAUGUCACAUCCCAUCACCACCAGUACCCCUGAAGGGAGCAGUUACGGCGCCAUUGAUGAGUCGAGUCCCGGGACCGGUAAAAUCCCCCCUCCUGCAGCCAUCCCCCGGCCACGCAUGUACUCCGACAGCUCAGCUGAUGAAGACAGUGACUUUGAAGCCCUCCCAGAGAUGGAGGGUGAUAAGAAUGUCAUUCGUGCAAAGACCUUCCUGUAUGUGUCUGACCUGUCGGUGAAGGACAGAAGAAUCAUUAGUAAGAAGUACAAGAUUUACUUUUGGAAUAUAAGUACCAUCGCUGUGUUCUAUGCGCUGCCUGUUGUUCAGCUGGUUAUCACGUAUCAGACCGUUGUGAAUAUAACAGGAAACCAAGACAUCUGCUAUUAUAACUUCCUUUGUGCCCACCCACUAGGAGUCCUCAGCGCGUUCAACAACGUCAUGAGCAAUAUGGGACAUAUGCUAUUGGGUAUCCUCUUCCUGCUAAUUGUUCUUCGUAGAGACCUUCUGCAUCGCCACCUGCUGGACACAAAAAAUAGCUGCGCAUUGGAUUACGGCAUCCCAAAGCAUUUUGGACUUUUCUAUACGAUGGGCAUCGCCUUAGUCAUGGAAGGUGUUUUGAGCGCUUGUUAUCAUGUGUGUCCAAACUACUCCAACUUCCAGUUUGACACAUCCUUCAUGUAUAUGAUCGCUGGUCUGUGCAUGCUCAAGUUGUACCAGACCCGUCACCCUGACAUCAACGCCAGCGCCUAUUCUGCUUACGCAUCAUUCGCCUUGAUCAUCUUCCUUGCCGUCCUUGGCGUGGUUUUUGGGAAAAAUAACAUCUGGUUCUGGGUGAUAUUUUCCAUCAUUCACAUCCUGGGUUCCCUGGCCCUCAGCACUCACAUCUAUUACAUGGGACGAUUCCGGAUCGACUUUGGUAUUUUCCGCCGAAUUGGUCAGGUCCUAUACACAGACUGCAUACAGCAGUGUAGCCGCCCUAUUUACAUGGAUAGGAUGAUCCUGCUUAUCGUGGGGAAUCUCGUCAAUUGGUUCUUUGCCAUCUUCGGUUUGGUGUACCGUCCUAGAGACUUUGCGUCCUACUUACUGGGCAUCUUCAUCUGUAACCUGCUGCUUUACCUGGCAUUCUAUAUUAUUAUGAAGCUGCGUAGCUCCGAGAAGAUCCAGCCUCUUCCUUUAUUCUGUAUUGUCGCCACCGCUGUGGUCUGGGCAGCAGCUCUCUACUUUUUCUUCCAGAACCUGAGCAGCUGGGAGGAAACGCCAGCUGAAUCCCGGGAAAAGAAUCGUGAGUGUAUCCUUCUCAACUUCUUCGAUGACCACGAUGUUUGGCACUUCUUGUCUUCAACUGCCAUGUUUUUUUCCUUCCUGGUACUUCUCACGCUGGAUGAUGAUUUAGAUGCUGUACGCAGAGAUAAGAUUCCAGUGUUUUAGGAGGCAGGAGACGUUGUCUCAACAUAAAAUUUCUCCUUUUCUUCUAUGCGUCUCUGUCACCAAGAACAACUGGCGUGCCAGCCCAGGAGGCAGCUGCUACAGGAAGAUCUAGUUGAAGGCACAAGCCAAUGGAAAGUAAGAAUGUUCUCCUUAGAUUACCACUACAGCCAAUUGAAAAUGCUGCCUACAAGGAGAGCCUGAGCCCUACAAGUAUGGUUACCUGCCUACAACACCCAGCCUUGUGAAUAAUUCACUUGACGUUCUAACAUCUCUGCACCAAAAUGAAUAAUGGUGUUGUCUUAUAUCUGCAGUUCUAUACAUUUACUUUCAAUCCUGGAUUUCCUUAAUAAAUUAAGGAUUGAAGCAACUCAACACUAAGUCAUGCAGGACACAGCAUUGGUGAUGAGCUAAUAAUGUUUGGUUCAUCAGAAGGGUAAAAUCACUGCCUUGAAAUCUAAAACAAAAUGAUGGAGAAAAUGAGGAAACAAAACUAUGUCUUGUGAGGAGCAGAAACAUUUAUAUGUUGAUGUUUGGGCAUUCAAUAUAUGUCCUUUACUGGAGAAACUCACAGUAAUCUAUUUGCUUGAAUAGGUUACAAUUUUUUCGAAACUGUGUGUGUUUGUUAUGUUGAAUUUGGUGAUCACUUAAAUUAUUAAUUUAUUUGUACAAACAGAUGUAUAUGUUCCUACACACUAAUCUAUUAGGACUUUCCUAAUUAAGAAGAUUUAAAAAAGAUUCCUCCUAUUUGUCUUUCUUCUUUGUGGCAAGUUCAUUGGUGCUCCCAGUUGGCCUACAGUCCGUAUCACAUGAAGUUCACGCCCAUCAAAAGAAUAAACGUUAUAUUUUAUAAGAUAAAUAUUUUACUAACAAAUUGCCAAUAUCAUGUGCACUGCCAAAGUUGAAUCCUCAACACUCAAUAGUAUUUAAUGAGAUUCUUCCAUUCAUAAGUUCUGUUGAUUUGAUUGGGCAUUGCCAACCCCAGAACAGUUAUUGUCAUGUCCAGUAGACACCUCAUGGGUUAUUUUGCUAAAAGCCAGAAUGUUCCUAGAACACAAGCGUGACUUUAUAGGUGUAUUACACACCAAAAGCUGUCUUGGUAUUUAAAGGGACAGUAUACUGUAAAAUAGUUUUUUCCUUAAUGUAUUUCCAAAGACUUGUUGUUCCAGCUACAGAGUAUAAAAUGUAUGAGAAAUUUCAUUUUCAGGUUUAUUUGUGUAUAUGAAUUGGUUGGUUUUGUUUAUUUAUUAAUCCACAACCUAUUAAAAUGGGUUGAGCUUGCAGGUAAUAUCAGAUCUCAUUAUGUUAUCACUUUAUGUACAUGCACAUACUUACCUAUCUUAUAUUUAUCUGUAAACCAAAGCUCAAUGCUUAGAGAGAACAAUGGGAAAUUAACAUUUUAUUACUUAAAGGGACAUGACACCCACAUUUUUUCUUUUAUGAUUUAGAAAGAGAAUGCAAUUUUAAACAUCUUUCUAAUUUACUUAUUUUAUCUAAUUUGUUUUAUUCUCUUGAUAUUCUUUGCUGAAAAGCAUAUCUAGAUAUGCUUAGUAGCUGCUGAUUGGUUGCUGCACAUAGAAGCCUCAUGUGAUUGGCUCACCAUGUGCAUUGCUUUUUCUUCAACUAAGGAUAUCUAAAAAAUGAAGCAAAAUAAAUAAUGGAAAUAAAUUGUAAUGUUGUUUAAAUUUCUAUUCUCUAUCUGAAUCAUGAAAGAAAGAUUUUGGGUUUAGUGGCCCUUUAACUAUCAUGCACCCCAAAGGGAGUUUAAUUUAUUUUGUUGGCUUUGUUUACAAAUUUACAUAGGCUUUUCAAUAGUUUAUACUUUCAGUAUAGCUAGGGAUACCACAAUCUAAAUCAGCUAUUUUGAAAUGCCAAAAUAAUGGUAAAUGAGCUACUUGUAAACAACUUAAUACACUCCAGUAGGUAAAAAAUCAUUGGGAAGAGGGGAGAAACAUUUUGGGUAAACUGUCCCUUUAAUAUCACUUUGAAUAAAUUGACAAAUGUACUUGAAUAUAACAUUAUACCGUUCUUUAUUAAAAAAGUAAAUAAAAUAAUUACAUUUCA